UCCGGCGUGUAGUAGUGAUCGGUAUUCGCGAGUGUUGAUGCGGUGUGAAUGAGAAUGUUCAAUGCGAUUAGGGACUUGUUCGAUUGUGGAAUCUAUCACGAAAUCAGAAAAACUGGCGGAGUUCACAAUGAACCAACAGAAAGCGGCGUUCAAUGGCGUGGCAGCCGGGGGGGCGGCCUCGGCCACAACGGCGUCAGCACCAACACCGGAUUCGGGACCGGGGGCGGCGGGGGCGACCAGAGAAACGGCGGGGGCGCCCAGGAGAAGGCCUGCGGAGCGGGGCCUGACCAGCUGGAGGGGCCGGGCCCAACUGAGAAUGACCCUAUUCACCUCAAGAGACGGGUGGGACUCGUCAGUGGGGUGGCUUUAAUUGUCGGAACGAUGAUCGGGUCUGGAAUUUUCGUCUCCCCAUCGGGUUUGUUGGAAAGAACUGGCUCAAUUGGUAUGAGCUUUGUGAUAUGGAUGUCUUGCGGGUUGUUAUCCCUGUUAGGUGCAUUGUCCUAUGCCGAACUAGGCACCAUGAACACGUCGUCCGGAGCCGAGUAUGCUUAUUUCAUGGACGCUUUCGGGGCACCGCCGGCGUUCCUCUUCUCCUGGGCCAGUACCCUGGUGCUGAAACCAUCCCAAAUGGCCAUAAUCUGCCUGAGUUUCGGCAAGUACGCGGUGGAGGCAUUCGUAACCGAGUGCGAGCCGCCGGAAAUCGUCGUCAAAAUGGUUGCCCUGCUAGCAAUGAUUGUCAUCUUGUAUGUCAACUGUUAUAGUGUGAAUCUCGCCACUAGUGUCCAGAAUGUGUUUACGGCUGCCAAGCUCGUUGCAGUGUUGAUUGUGAUAGCAGGUGGAGUGUACAAGAUGUUCGAUGGAAACACACAGCAUUUAAAACACCCGUUUGCAAACACUCAAUAUUCUGUGGGAAAUAUUGCAACUGCAUUUUAUACGGGCUUGUGGGCCUAUGAUGGUUGGAAUAACCUCAAUUACGUCACUGAAGAAAUUAAAAAUCCAUCCAGAAACUUGCCAAGAAGCAUUAUAAUCGGUAUUCCGUUAGUAACGAUAUGCUACGCCCUGAUAAACGUAUCUUACCUGACUGUAAUGUCGCCCAUGGAAAUGAUGACCAGCGAAGCUGUGGCUGUGGUAUUCGGGAAUCGAUUGCUCGGUGUUAUGGCUUGGUUGAUGCCAUUAUCAGUAACUAUCUCCACAUUUGGAUCUGCAAACGGUACAUUAUUUGCUGCUGGUAGAUUAUGUUUUGCUGCGAGUCGUGAGGGACACUUGCUUGAUAUAUUAUCCUAUGUACAUGUUAGAAGAUAUACACCAGCCCCGGGUUUGAUUUUCCAUUCUAUUAUUGCUGGAGCUAUGGUUCUCUACGGCACGAUAGACUCCCUCAUCGAUUUCUUCAGUUUUACAGCCUGGAUCUUCUAUGGAGGUGCGAUGGUUGCGCUUAUCGUGAUGCGAUAUACAAAACCGACUUAUCCCAGACCAUACAAGGUUCCUCUUAUCAUUCCAUGUGUAGUAUUGUUGAUUUCAAUCUACUUAAUUAUUGGGCCAAUCGUUGAUAAACCAACCAUCGAAUAUUUGUACGCAGCCUUGUUUAUUCUAGGUGGAAUGAUUUUCUAUGUUCCUUUUGUACAUUAUAAUUAUAGGAUACCGUUUAUGGAUGGAGUUACUGUAUUUUUACAAAUGUUGCUCGAAGUGGCACCCACAACAAAUAUGUUUGAUUAAAUUUUAGACAAGACAAGAAUUCUAUACGAUGAGGAAGAAGAAUGGAGGAAACUAAAAUUUAGUAGAAAAAUAUAAAUUAUGACAAAUAACAAGUCUUGAAAACGUUAUGGUUUUAGAGUUUAUUGGUGCAUAUUUAAGAUAGCUAUAUGGCCCAAAAUUGUUACUUAAUAUUGGUGCUGUUGUAACGUUUAUCUCAAUUAUUACAGUUAAGAUUUACUUAUGCAUUGAUAAACUGUUGUCCGUCAGCAUUUUUUAAUUAUUAUAUGUUAAUAUACAGUUUUUUAUAUUAUAUAAUCAUUUUGUUUUUUAUUAAAAUGUAUUUUUUUUAUAUAUAAUUCGAAUAAAAGCGUUAAAAAAGAUAAAGAUAUUCACUGAUACAUGUUGGUAAUUUUAUUUGCUCAUUUAUUAAAAAUACUAUGA